GUCUUUCGCUCUUGUUCUUUUCGGGGGGCGAUCGAACCGCGAUGGUCCCAGCGCUUGUAACACGACAAUAGUCUAUGCCCCAUUUGGGGCUUGUUCUUGUUCCUUUUACUGACGGAUGGGACUGUGGGUCCAAGUGUUAAAUGCAUAAGGACCCGCGAGCAAGGAAGUGGCAUCCCAUUACUCCUCUUUUAACGUUCUCUCUUCCUUGUCACUGCCUCCAGCCAGUACAAGAUUUUACGGCUUGCACUUUCUUUGUCGUCUGCAUUCGGGCCUUCUCUCGACACAUCCUACACGUGCAGUACUUGGAGCCACUCGCUGCACGACCUCUUUGUUUUUACGACGACCCUACACCAGCUGUUCCCAUGCCGUCCUCUCACCGCACAACCCUCUCCCAGGCCCGCUUUUUGCGUCUCAGCGCAGUUCUCAGCCAGGCCAAUGUCCGCUACCACCACAUCGCGAAGGAGGCCAAGGAAUCUAGCGCCCCCAGUGGACAUGCACGUGCCCUCGCUCACAAGCAUAGGCUCUUUGUGAAUACCAGGAAGGCCGCCAAUUGUCCCCAGAACGUGGUGUCUCGGAUUCCUCUCCCCAUCGUCGAGCAGGUCCACACUCAUGUCCACAUCCGAGCCUUGUCGACCCAGGAUGUGCCCGCUCGUGGCCGGAAGAUCUCUCGUCCUCCCCACAGUCAGAGGCCCUCUCUCAACGUCGUCAUCCCCCGUUCUGAUCCCCGGGACGUCCCCGUCAGCGGAGAGUUCAGCGCUGUUUCGCUCGGUUCCGCUGUCUCUAGUGUCGAAGCCAGCAUCAAACCCAUUUUAUAUCGGCAAGCGCCUUGUUAUGGUGCUGGGGCCUGUGUCUCGACUGUGUCUUCGGAGUGGAUGGAAACCCUCUUCGCACAGGCGCCCCGCAAGGCCCCGCUUCCUCCAAUCAAGUACGUCGACGCGCACCUCCCGAAAUAUAUGCCCUCUCCAGUCAUCCCCGAUUUCCUGCUUGAUUCUGAGUUUGGCAUGGAUGACGUGGACAACCUCACGCUGUUGUAUCCGGACGACUUCUCUCACUCGUCGACCUGUUCCAGGACAUCAAGCAGCACCACGGCUUCCGCCGCUAGUCCUGUCAUUCCGCCUGAUGCCUUGCUCGCUCCAGUCCGUGGUGGUAAGCGAAAAUCGAUCUGUGUCGAAUCCGCUUCUCCAGAGAAGAGACCCAAAGUCUGUUCCUCACCAUUUGGUAUGGUCCAAUGCACACAAAAAUAUGUCUAGUUCGAACGCAAAUCGUGGGUUCGCACCGUCUCAGCCUGAACCCGUUAUUUUAUCUCUACACCCGCUCGCAUAAACGGCCUGUACCUGGCAGCCAUAACGAAAAUUAUAUUUCGCUCCGAUUGGUUCUCUGCGACCUAUCAGCUGGGGCCUCGUUGUCUCGACCCACCGAUGUCCUUUACGCUCAACAACGACUAGAUUAUUCCCACCUGCGGCUUAAUACUAUUCCUUCCUUGUGUGCAUUUCUUUCCCAGUGGAUAAUCUUUGUACAAAUUCUCGCCUUGCUGUAUCACUUGCUAAUUGCUAUGUUUUUGCUGUGUUUCAUGUAUCGCUGUUCGAUCCGAGGAAAAACUGUCACGUGCUUGAAAGAUCUUUGUUUCGUUCCCUGUUUCACGCAAUCUGUAAUCAAGAUGUUCAUGGGAGAAGGUUUCCCAAAGAGUCGAAUCCGAAUCUAUUCAAGGAUGACGGUCCCCGGCUUGCCU